UGUCAGACAGGCACCUGCAUAAUAACUUCCCCAAUGAAUGGCGCAGAUCGAGAUCUUUCUUUGUGACAACUUUCAGCCAAACUCAGUUAUUUCUUGACGGUUUCGUCCUAUGAAAUUUUCUGAAAGCAAUAAAACUUCAGACUCUGGCAUCUCUUGAAUAGGUGUGAUAAUCAGAUGUACUAUUUUUUUGUCGGAUUCUCGGCCCGGCUUUGCUUUGUGAAUGAGGGCGCAGGAAAAACUUGAAUCGGCACACUCACGAAAAGUGCACCAGCACCGCUGGGGUAGACUCGUCGGAAGUACCGCUGAAACUAAGAGCCCGGCUUGCGCGGCUUUGCUUUCGAAUUAAUUCGGCUUCGCCUAGUUUCCCCCUUCUUACUGUGGGCAGAUCAACAAGUUCAGACGAAUCAUAGAAUCGAGAAGGACUUGUGUAUAUAAGAUGGGAGUGAAGGAUGUCGGAGAAGGUAAAAUUAAAUAUGAAUGGAGACAGACAGAUGAAGAUAUUUACAUUGAUUUUGAUGUGAAUGGGAAGAUCAAGAAAGAGGACGUUGAACUCAGACUUGAUGACAGUGGCAAGACCUGUGUUUGCAACGUGUGUUUUAAAGAUGGCAGUAAGUGGGUCUGCUCACUUCAGCACCUGGUCCUCAAGUCUUCUGCUGGUGUUAAGGUGAAAGAUGGAGCACUUAUAGUUCAUCUACAGAAGAAAGAGAAAUUCAAGCAAUGGAAACAAUUGGGAGAUUGUGCUUUCACAAAAGCAAAGCAAGAGAAAGGUAUCUCCAAUGCGGCAAAUGAGAAGGGAAAUCCCAAAGAAGGAACCUCAGUGGUCAGAGAUGGAGAGGGUGACGGCCAGAAGGAUGAAAUAGAGGAAUAUGUGGUGAACCAUGUCAAACAUAGUUUCUUUCCGAGACAAGACCUGAAAGUUAUCUACUUCCAUGUGUAUGUGAAAAAGAUCAGACGGGACUCUGUCAAUGUCACCUUCACAGAAAAUGAAAUAUGCAUCAAAUUCAAGACCAGCGAUAAUCAAUUCCUUCAGAUGAAUUCUGGAAGUACAUCAGACACUUUGUUUUGUUGGAGAAUUAGACCAUGGAGGCCCAUUGAUCCUGAAGGCUGCCAUCACAAGGUGACGAAGAGUAAUCUAGAAAUUAACAUCACCGCACAAAAAGCAGAGAAAUGGAAGGCCCUUGAAUGCUCAACUAAAGAAUCUGGAGAUGGCUCUAGGGGCAGGGCUGCGUCUCAGGGUGACUGGGUACCCCUGUCCUCCUCCCAGACAGCCACGCCUCAGCGUGCCAAGGAAUCAGCUGAAAUCACUAAAGAUGCAGGCUCUGAGAAGGAGAACCUGAGAGGUGCCGUAGGGGGAGCCAAGUCAGUGGAGAUCAAGGAGAAUGUAACAAGGACCAAGAAACCCACGUGCACAGUACCGCCGUUGAGUUUAGGGAAGCAGACUCCAUCCUUGCCAGCCGAGCCUACACCAUCCCUUCAUUACGGGUACUGUGGACUUGAUAACCUUGGUAACACCUGCUUCAUGAACAGUGUUCUUCAGGUCCUGGCCAACACAAGAGAACUCAAAGACUUCAUGUUAGGAGCCGACUUCAAGAAUGAGAUCAAUCGGGACAAUCCCCUGGGUAGUGGAGGUCACCUGGUUCUCUCCUUUGCUGUCUUGAUGAGGAGGCUAUGGGGAGGUCAACAUAAAUCCAUCGCUCCCUCAAAACUCAAGUCCAUUAUAUCAGCCAAGGCCAGUCAGUUCAUGGGGUUUGCUCAGCAUGAUGCACAGGAAUUCAUGGCUUUUCUCUUGGAUGGACUUCAUGAGGACAUCAACAGAAUCCGUAAAAAGCCAUACACUCAAACAAUUGAUUCUGAUGGAAGGCACGAUGAGGUCGUUGCAGAUGAGGCAUGGAAGACGCACAGGAGAAGAAAUGAUUCCUUCAUUGUUGACUUGUUUCAAGGACAAUACAAGUCCAAACUUGUCUGCCCAGGAUGUAACAAGGUUUCAAUAACCUUUGACCCCUUCAUGCACCUGUCCAUGCCACUCCCGAAGAAGAAGCGUCACUUCCCCGUCUACUUCUUCUCCCGGGAUUGCAAUCAACGACCGGUCAAGUACGUGCUCUCUCUCGGCUCGGACGCUACGGUCCACGAUCUGACUGUCCAGGUGGGUCAGAUGGCGGGGGUCAAUGCUGCCAAUUUGAGGGUCUUUGAGGUCCAUCGGAGCUGCAUCCAUAAGGUCUUUUCCCGAAGGAGCACACUGUCGGGCAUGUCUUUCAAUGACAUCAUCUUUGUGCAUGAAGUCUUGUCGCCAGCCAUGGCAGGAGAGAGUGUUGUAGAGCUGUCUGUUAUUCAGCGUAUGUUGAUGCCGCCUGCCCUUCUCCACUGUUCCCACUGUAAGAAAAGCUGUGAGAAAGGCAGAAGCCUCAAGAGAUGCACCAAGUGUUACCGGGUAGCAUACUGCGAUCAAGCUUGUCAGAAGAGCAAUUGGAACACGCAUAGACCCACGUGUCGUCGUUUCCCAGAACCUGUUGGAUGUCCUUUCAUCAUCAGUCUGCCCAAAUCUCAUGCCACAUAUGCCAGGCUUUGCCAGCUUAUGGAGUGUUACGCAAGGUAUUCUACCAAUGUGUUUGUACCACCCUUGAAGCCACCGGGCACAGUAAGCAGCCCUGGUAAUUCCUCUCAUGAGAGCGAACACCCCUCUACCUCAACCGAUUCUCAACCUCAGUCCGAUGGAGUUGCACCCUCCACUACCACUACCUCUCCAGCAGAUGCAUCAAGGAUUCCUACCACAGAGACAACGAUGGAUGAUGAAGAGAUGGGGGAUGGACAGGAUGGGAAGGAGAGAAUGGAGGACAUUGGUUUGGAAGACCCCAUUCAGUCGGAGGAAAUGGGAGAUGGGAUGAUGGAGGGAACGUCUGAUAAAGAUGAGGCUUUGAGGAAAGGAGAAGGAGGAGGAGGGGGAGGAGACUCUGGAGCAGAGUCCAGAGGAAAUUCGUCAGACAUGGAAGGAGCUGCAACAGCUACGGUGGUAGGGCAACCUCAGACCCAGGAGAGAAAGAUGCCUCUGUUCUUCGUCAAGCCUGUCAAUCACAUAGGCAACAGUAUCCCCAGCAAGGAACGGCUCACAGAUAAAGGUGAUGUCCCUCUUGAUCUGUCUGGUAUCAUCAGUGUAGCCAUGGAUUGGAGGAAUGAUCCCAAACAAGAGAACAACGUCUUGGUGGAGUCAAGGACACUUGACUAUGCAGAAGACGAAUCAGUGUGUGGGAAGUCAUACGAAGAGACUGAAAUCACCUUGGACCAGUGUCUCAAACUGUUCACGGAGCCAGAGAAGCUUGCUCCUGGGGAAGCAUGGUAUUGUCCCAAGUGCAAGCAACACAGAGAAGCAACCAAACAGAUGUUACUAUGGCGACUGCCCUCUACUCUCAUCAUCCAGCUGAAACGGUUCUCCUUUGGUAACAUGCUGUGGAGGGACAAGAUCAACAAAAUGGUUGAAUACCCCGUCAGAGGCUUGGAUCUGUCUCCCUACUGCCAUGGUUCCCACGGCACACCUUUGAUCUAUGACCUCUAUGGGGUCAUCAACCAUCAUGGGGGUAUUCUGGGAGGUCACUAUACGUCCUUCGGUAGACUGGCUUCUACUGCAGACUGGAGUAAGAAUGAGCAUGACUGGAGACUGUUUGACGACAAUCAUGUGACCACUGUCUCUGAGAAGAACGUGGUGACGCGUUCAGCCUACCUGCUCUUCUACCGCCGUCGUCAGCCCUACACCCCGUACAUCUGGCAAGCUCCUGCAGACCCGGAGCCGGAGGAGGAGGAGCCGGAGGUGGAGCCCCAGAGGGAGCCUCAGCAGGAGCAUAAGAGUGUGCAGGAGACAGGGGAUGAACCAGAGGAGAUGGAUGACAAGUCAUCCACCUGCAGCAGUGAGAUGGAGGUCAGUGAGAGAGACCCGUCUGAUGCGGCAGGAGUGGAGAGGCCAGGCAAACAGUUCCCUCACCAUGACAACCGCUUCUCUGCCUCCUCCCAACCUCCUGCCCCUCUGCAAACAUCUUGCGUUGAUAAGAGGAGUCGAGAUGGAGAGGACAUUGGCUACACUGAUAUGGAGGAUAUAGACUAGAGCUGGACUCUCGGGGAUCAGGAGAGAGAACAGGUACUUUGGAGGAUGGUAACCAAUUAUGAUGAAGGAGUAGCGAAUAUCAAGACCGCAAACUUCAUACUACAGUUUAGAGAGGUUAGAUUUCUUCCCGCUUCUAUCAGAUCGACUUUUGAACCAGAAUUUUGUGCCGUUCUCUGCUUUUAUUUUUCAUGUUGUUUGCUUUAAGUUAUUGGUAUCUAUUUUUCCAUUAGCAAAUACCAAGUCUCUUUUUCGUGUGAUAUUUGACUUAAAAGUGUAAUUUUUAAUUUAUUUUUGAUUGCUUUAAUUUGUGUUUUUUAAGGGCAAAAUCUGAUCAAUUUCAAUUGAUAUUUUUCUCUGAAUGUUUUGUUUUUAAUAUAUAAAAUGUGCUAAUACUCUGUGCAAUACUGCAAUGGUGAGUUUAAAGAAUGGUGUAGAAACUGUACCAUAAGUGUAUUUUGUUUGCAUAUUGUUGUUUAUAUACUGUUGUUUGAGCAAUUUUCAAUUUGAAAUCAUAUUGUAACAUCUAGUUGCAUGCUGGGAUAUUCACUUUAUGAAAGGACAGUAUUAUCAAGAUACCAUUUCCAAUUGCUCUUUCGUGACCACACUGAAUUUUUCUCUGUCUCCAUCAAAUGGGUCUUUUGAUGUAGGGAUAAGAAAGCUUGCUGUAGGGAAGUGAGCUAGAACAUAAGAUCUGUUUAAAGCCAAAAAGGCAUAAGGGAUAAUGCCCUUAUGGUUCUCAACAGAUAAUGAGAUCAAGUUUGAUCUUUAAUAGCUUUGUUUACUUUGUAGAUGUAAAUGUAGCAGCAAAGAACAGUGUUAAUCUGAACCCAUUGUUAUUCAAGAUGAAAUUGAUGGAAAAUCUGUGUUGUAUUAAACUGAAAUUGCACUUCAUGAGUCAACUGGGGUAGAAGUGUGAAAUGUGAUUUCAAUUGCAAUAUUCAUUGGUGUGAUCAUUUAUGUUGUAAGUAGAUUACUUUAUGAAACUCCAGAGAAGUGUAUGUAUUCAAGCACCAGUUAAAAUAAGAUAAAUAGUUGUAAUACUGUCUUUUGACACUUGCUUAUGAUCAUCUUUUGACUUUUUGAAGUCAAUUAUUCUACUUUCAAUGCAAGAUGAACUUGCCUAAACUCACUGAGAUAAAAAAUAUACAUGUAUUAUCUUUCUUUGCUUUUUGAUACACCUUAAAAGGGCAGGGCAUAACCCACAUUCAAUUUCUUGUGAAAUCACACACACAUUUAGUCUCUCUCUCUCUCUCUCUCUUUCUAGUUUUUGCUUCUCUCUCUCACUCUUUCUCUUUCUCUUUCUCUUUCUCUUUUCUCUUUCUCUUUCUCUUUCUCUUCACUUUCACUGUCACUAUUGGGCCACACAAGCAUUAUUGUGUGUCACAACCCAUUCAGUUACAAGGGAAGUAGAUCUUGCAUUUUGGUUGUGCAUCUGAAAUAGAUGAGUGUGAAAUUCAAAGUAAAACAUAGGAAUAUACUAUUUGUGAAAAUUCAAAGUAAAACAUAGGAAUAUACUAUUUGUUAAAAUGAAGUGAGCUGAUAGACAUUCACUGUGAUAUUUGAAAUAUGAAUUUAAUUCAGGGUCACUUAAAAAUGCUUAUUUUACAUUCUCUCUAAAUAGUGAAAAGCAAGCUACAAUGUUCUAUGUAAUUUCAAUUGCUGUGUACAAAACAGUGUCUCACUAUAAAAGUAUACUUCCUUACAAGUAGUGUACUAUGUAAUUAUGUAAGAGAACUAUUUACAAAAACAUGGUAAGAACUUAUAUUUAACUGAUGAUUUCACUGCAUUGAUGGUAACUCGUACAAAAUAUCAUUUCUGCUGCUAAACUUAUAUUUUGAAUAUUGUGAAGAAAUAAUCUGAAAUUGUGCACACAUUUUUGGGAACAGCUGUGUUAAACAACAUGAUUUCACAUUUGAUUCAUGCUUUAAGCAACAUUUUAGCCUUCUGUUCUUUUGAAACUUCAAAUGAUUUUAGCUGACUUUAUUAUGGCGGAAUUCUUUUUAUGUUUGAUGAAUCGGUUCACACCGAUGAAAGAUGUAUGAAAGAAUAUAAUUUUGAUUAUAUUUUAGUACAACUAUGCAAGUUAAAUGGAUGAUAGAAUAACUCUGUAUACAUGAGAAUAUUCAUAGUGUAGUGCAUGUAACCACAUGGAAAAUAAAUUGAAAUUACACAUUUAAA